AUGGGAAACCCAUUAUCGCCCAUUGUCGCCGAUAUGGUUCUCAAAGACCUUCUUGACGAAGCAAUCAAAGCAGUAAACAUUCCAAUACCGAUUUUGAAAAAGUACGUUGAUGACUUAUUCCUGGCACUACCACCAAACGAAAUCGAUACCGUAAAAGCUGCCUUCAACGACGUAAACCAGUACCUCCAGUUCACCACAGAAGUAAAAGAAAACAACCGCCUUCCCUUCUUAGACAUGCUGGUAGUUCGAAAUGAGGAUCAAACAGUCAAAACAGAAUGGCACAUAAAACCGAUCGCAUCAGGAAGGUUUUUGAACUACCAUUCCUGUCAUCCUAUGCACCAAAAGAUGAAUGUGGCUUCCAACUUUGCACACAGAGCAAAAAAUCUCUCGACGAAUUGGGAAAAAUGCACAAUCAACACAGUUAUUCACCAUCAUCUCACGCAGAACGAUUACCCGAAAACACUCAUAAACAGAAUCAUAAACCGCACAUGCAAGACACUGAACAGCAAUACAGCUAUGGAGGUGAGCAGUCAAACGGAUGAAACUAAAAUUUACUGCUCACUCACCAAUGUGGAUGGACUAACACAGCGAAUAACCAAAACAUUGCGACAAGAAUAUCCACAAGUUAAAAUAACUGCUAAAACCUAA